CCUGCAUGUCUGCAUGAAAAUAUUGGACUGCAAUAUUACUCUGUCAGUAAUCAGCCAUUCGAAUCUCCCCUAAUAUGGCUGGCCGCCGCCCAUCACCUAAUGUUGAAAAUGAGGCAGCGUUCUCCAUGGCAACCACAGCUCUCGGAGGCUGUCGCAGCUAAUCCUUUAGGAGCUUACUCAACUCUCGUAAGAGGGUUUUACCAGCAGCACCAAUGCCCAAGAAUUUCCCCCAAACAAACACUGGAUCUUAUGUUUAUCCAUCCGGAGGAGGCAAACAAACCUAGUUACAGCAGCUGAGAGGAGCAGAGGGGAGAGAACGAUAGGCCUGGUUCAUCCGCCCUAAGCCAAUCCUUGGAGCUUGAGGGAGUUGGACGGACUUGGUGGGAACAUGCACUUCAGGAGCAGUGCUUCCACUUUGCUGCUGCUGCUGCUGUCUCUUUGUCUGCUGGGGAGGGUGCUAGAGGUGAAAGGGCAGGAGCGGGAGUACCUGCAGGAGGCUCUCAGGGCCUUGGAUCUGCCCUUGGGUACCAACGAGCCACAGCUACAGAAGAACCACACCGGUAUCCUGAUCACCAAGCUCCUCCGGGCGGUGCACUGUGCAGAGAGGACUGGCACCUCUCAGGACGUCUGUGACAAGUGCCUGACACCCGAUGUAGCUUUCUCUGUGCUAGAACAUGAUGGGAAGGCUUACCUCACUGAGGGCGACUACCAGCGGAUCUCCACUGUUCUGCUCUACUACAUAAUUAACUUGCAAGAUCUGUGUGUGUCAAAUGCUGCCUCUCCUUCCUCCCUGUCUUCGUCCUCCUCCUCGUUUGGGAACUAUCAGUUCUAUCUUUUGGCCCUCACCAAUCUACACCCAGCUGAGGACAACAGUGUCCUAUCAUCCGGUGAAACAGAAAGCAUUCUGCAGCUCAUCAACCAGCAUUACGAACCCUCUACUCAAGAUCCUUCAUCUGUUUUGCAAUGUAUUGAUGCGGCUAGCGUCUUUGAAGAUGCUAACAUGCAAGAGACUCCAGGUGCUGACGUGUCUUCUGUGCCCAAACUGGCCGCAGCCAUCAUCAGCCAUAUCCUGCAGGGCCGCUGUUUCAGACGGAAGAACCUACCGUCUCCUGCUUUCUUUACCGACUAUAUCUUUCAAUCCCUGAACUGCACAAGUAAUCUGCAGAUAAUGGACCUAGAAGAGUUGCUCCAUCAGCUGGGCGUAGGACAGGAAAGAGUGACACAUCCUGACAACAGGAAGAGGCGGAGCACAACAAAGAGUUCACAAAAAAGGUCUGGAGGUUUGCUGGAUGGUUGCAACCAUGAAACUGCAGGAAUAAGCAGAGACUGGGCACAGGUAUGUUUUUCAGCCAAUCAGCUGGUGGAUAUUUUUGCUCUGAAUCCUCAUUUGCCAAUUUCCAAGGAGCACUUCACACAAAUUUGCCCGGCCAUCAUUCAGCAGUUGCUAGGCAAUGCCUGCAAGUCUGCAGAGCAAAAAAGAAGAGGAUCUCUGCCCACUGCUCUCGAGAAGUAUGGCUACAGCACGGCUGCUGUCCUGCUCAUCACGGUGGGCUCCAUGUUUGGCAUCUGCCUGAUCUUCUUCAACUCCUGCCAGGAAACCUACACCCUCAUCCUGCAGCUGUUUGUGGGCCUGGCAGUGGGAACCCUCUCAGGAGAUGCACUCCUGCACCUCAUACCACAGAUCCUCGGCCUCCAUGAUGCCACUCACAGUCAUGAUGACGAACACGAUACAGAAGGGAAGGACUAUCUGUGGAGGAUUCUGGGCAUGAUCGCAGGGAUCUACGGCUUUUUCCUCAUUGAAAGAAUCUUUUCCUUUUUGGUUCCUUCUCAUGGCCAUGGUCAUUCAAGUGACCUUCCCCUAGAACUCAACUGCAAUGGUCAGUCACAGAGGGGCAAGUCCAUCUCCACCAUACAGCUGGGACCCGUGGAUGACUUGGACUGUACAGAAGUAACACCUGAACUUGUAGACACAAGGAGGCCUUCACAUCAGAGACAAGGGGUUCCCCUGCUGGCUGUGAUGGUAAUCGUGGGAGACAGCCUUCAUAACUUUGCCGAUGGCCUGGUUGUUGGGGCGGCCUUCUCUUCUUCGGCUGAGACUGGCAUGGCCACCACCGUUGCUAUCCUGUGCCACGAGAUCCCGCACGAGAUGGGGGACUUUGCUGUGUUGCUCAGCUCCGGACUCUCAGUGAAGACUGCUGUGCUAAUGAACUUUCUGAGCGCUCUGACGGCCUUCAUGGGACUCUAUAUCGGACUGUUUGUUUCCUCAGAGAUGGAAGUGCAGCAGUGGAUCUUUGCUGUUACUGCCGGGAUUUUCCUCUAUUUGUCAUUAGUUGAAAUGCUUCCAGAGAUGAAUCGUGUGAAGACAGACAGACCGUGUCUCAUGUUUUUCCUGCAGAACCUCGGUCUGUUGAUGGGCUGGGCCUGUCUCCUGCUCCUCGCACUCUAUGAACAUGAACUCAGACUCUAAAUGCAGUGUAUCUCUUCACAUGAGGUCGAUCCAGAACAAAGGUUGACUUGUUUUAUAGUGCUUUUUUUUGUUGCUUUUUUAAAUUUCGUUGACGUCUUUAUCAUCUGCUGCUCUUUACAAGUGUUAGUGUGUGCAACCAGGAUGAUGUUUAACAUCAUUAUUGGUAUUUAUGAUGUUGUAGUCUCCACACUGGAUGGUAAAUGUACUUUAGCUGUAUUCACUUUUUUUUUAAUAUUUUAUGAUUUAUUUUUGUAUGUUAGGCAUCAUGGGUGACUUAAACUCUAAUGACUUUAUAUGGCAGUAUUAAGUACAAUUGUGCAUAUCUACUGUUCUGUGAAAUAUUUACGUGGCCUCCAAUACUCGGGUCAUUUGAUUUUGAAGUCAUUUCUCACCAGCAAAAUAUAAAGUAUUGUAAAUCUA